AAAGUGUGAGUCUCUUCUCUACUCCAACGACUAACAUCGUCAACCCCAUCAUCACGGACUACAAAGUCUCCUCUUUCCUCUCUAUAAAUAAGCUUUACCCCAUUUCUCGUUUCUUUCGUUCUAAUACUUUUUCUGUUCUCUCUUUAUUUUUGUUUUUGUUUUUGUUUUUAUCGUGGUUGUUGCUAGAUUAUCCAAAAUCAAAGGGAAACGGAGACGAGGGAGUGCGGGAGUUGAUUCAGAGGGAGACAGCGCCCCCGCGUUUUGUCGUUUUCUUCUUCUUCCUUUUGUUCCGAUACUCUGGGUGGUGCCGUGUGGCCUCUCAGAUCAAAAAUUUUGAGGCAAGACUUUCCUUUUGACAGCAUCAUUUCAAUGGAGUUAAACGGCAAAUCCAUGGUCUCAGAGCCUGCAAAUGUUAUUUAUCUUUCAACUAUUCUGGGUAGAGAUGGGCAAGUUCUUGCCCACAAAUGUGAUUGGAAAUGUGAGAAUGAACAUGUGUGUGGUAAUAUGUACCGCUGCAAAUUUACAGGAAUGACUCACAUUUGUGACAAAAACUGUGACCAACGAAUUCUGUAUGAUAACCAUAGCUCACUUUGCCGUGCAAGUGGGCAAAUAUUCCCCCUUUCACUGACAGAAGAACAUGCAAUCAGAGGCAUUCGCAGGAAGCUUGAUGCUGACAAUUCCUCCGUUGAUGACUUUGCUUUUAAGCGUAGGCGGGAUGCCCAGUUUCAUCCUUCACCUUUUGAGAGAUCUUUCUCUGCUGCCGUCCCAAUUUGCAGUCAAGUUGGAGAUGGCAUGGAUAUGAGCUAGAUUUACAUAAGAAAAAGGAUGGGAAAACUGGGGCUUAUCACUAUGCUGUUCUUUUGAAUAAUUUCCUCUUUUUUUCUUUUUUCUUUUUUCUUUUUUGUUUUGCCUACGGACUGAUAUCAUAUAAUGGACUUGACCUGCGGGUACUUGAAGUGAUGGACCUUUGUAUGCCCCACCUGUUUGUAGGAACGCUUAUAUUUCUAAUCUUGUUUAAUGCCAAUAUGUAGCUGACACUAGAUUGACUAUAACAGCUGGGAUGGAGCAGGAUGAUCAUGAACUUUACAUUUAUAAUUAGACUUUACGUACCCUGUAUCAUCUCAACAUUUACUAUUGUAGCUCUAAAGGCUUCCUUAGUAUCCUUUCUUGAUAUACUUUCUUCACGUUAUUUGAUAUGCUUUUACACUGCUAAAGCAUUUUGAGAUUACUUGCAAUAAUCUUAAUCCUCUCACAACUGAUGUAUUGACAUGUAAUGGGCUACUGAAAAUGAUACCUCUGCUUAGAACCCGCCCUACUUCUCUAAGUCUAAUUUUCUAAUUCUUCGAGUAAGCACUUAGUUUUGAGUUCUGUUUUGCUAGACGUGCUUUUGGCUCUGUGUUCAGGUUUAUGAGCAGUGAUGUGGUUUGCCCUAGACUUGUUUCAUUGUUCAUAUCUAAUAUAUUUGUUGUUUCCUUAUUUUAUUACCAAGAUGUCCUUGAGGCUCUUUUUUUUCUUAUUCAGCAGGGGUUUGGUCAUUUUCCUAAUCGUGUGAUUUUAGUUAUGCUUGUCGUUUAAUGCUUCUUGCUUUGCAAUUUGUUUAAAUCUAAUUACUGAUGUUUGACUUUGAUCACCUUUCUUGGCAGGUUUCGUAGCCUCUUGGUCAAUGUGGAGAACAAAUUUGAAUAAAAUGUUCAAACUUUAAAAUGGUCCUACCUCUUUGGAGGUGAUGGUGCCCUUCGUAAAUGUGGAGAACCAGUUGACAGCACAAGAUGUUAUCCUGAAAUUGCAAAAAAGAUAUUUGAGGUUUCCCCAAGCAUUUAAUUUACCGGGACAAGGCUUGAAAGUUAUUCUCUGCAGCCUAUUGAAUUGUAUAUUAAGUUUGUUAAGAUGUGCAAUAUUCAGAACAGCAUAAAGUAUGACGUAGAGAAGUUUUUGUAUUAUCACUAAAGAUUGUUUACAGUUGAUAGUUAAUCUAAUUUGAAUUGAAUGCUUGGUUUGUUCAAUUGUUCUUGAGCAA